AGAGAGGGCAAUUUCAGGUCUCCACGUAGGUCAUUAGCAGCUACGCUGCCCUCAUAAGAGCAGCUGCAGAUUUCCAUUCUAAAACCCAAAACCCUAAAAGCGAGACAAAGCUCCCAAAGUAUCUGUUGCUCUCAAGCUGCCAUGGAUUUGCAACAGGGUGAGUUUGAUCGCCUCUUGUUCUUCGAGCACGCUCGUAAGGCUGCAGAAGCCGAAUACAUCAAGAACCCUAUAGAUGCCGACAACUUAACACGAUGGGGUGGAGCUUUAUUAGAAUUGUCUCAGUUUCAGAACUUUCCUGAGUCGAAGAAAAUGACCCAAGAGGCUAUUUCGAAGCUGGAGGAGGCGCUUGAGGUGAAUCCCAAGAAGCAUGACACCCUUUGGUGCCUUGGAAAUGCUCACACCUCGAUGGCAUUUUUAAAUCCAGAUCAGGAGGAGGCAAAGGUUUAUUUUGACAAGGCAGCUCAGUACUUUCGACAAGCUGUUGAUGAGGAUCCUUCAAAUGAACUUUACCUUAAAUCAUUGGAAGUGGCGGCUAAGGCUCCUGAGCUUUAUCUAGAAAUUCGUCAGCAUGGAUUGGGUCAGCAGCAGCAGGCAGCAACAGCUGGAUCUUCUACAUCUUCGGCUACAAAGACGCAGAAGAAAAAGAAGAGCAGUGAUCUGAAGUAUGACAUAUUUGGAUGGAUAAUUCUGGCAGUUGGCAUUGUUGCAUGGGUGGGAUUCGCAAAAUCGAACCUGCCUCCACCUCCUCCUCCACCUCCUCGAUAAGUGAAACCAUUUGAUUCUAUCUCAUACAUUAUUGAUUAUUGAGAAUGAUAUUUAAUUUGGUUCAGUGCCGUUUGUUUACCUUUUGACAGCAGUAAUGUUUGUAAUGAUGUAGCCAUUGGCGUAUCUUAUCCCUCAUACGAAAUUUUUUCCUACUGUGGGUUGAGCGGUUAAA